CAGUGGUUGCUGGUACCAGGGAGACUUUUUUUUUUAUUAGACUUGCAAAAAAUGCGUCAAAGUGCGGAUAACGUUGCUGGUGGUAGGAUUUUUGUCAUUGAACCACAAAAAAACGGAAAGGUGGAACGGAUAAUACAAGCAGAGGCAAAAAGCCACACAUUCGAUGAGGCGAUUGAUAUAGUCGGGUUCGGUCGCACGGGUUGGCACGUUUUCCUGGUAUCCUCCUUGAUUAUGUUGGCCGUUAUCAAUGAAACCAUGGGCAUAUCGAUCCUCAUCCCAGCUGCUCAUUGUGACCUGAAUCUCUCGGCAACCGAUAAAGGCGUGCUCACCGGUGUGAGCUUCGCAGGUAUCAUCUUGACGUCGCACUUGUGGGGUUAUGUGGCAGACACCAAAGGGCGCAAGAAUGUGAUCGUGGUUUCGCUCGUAAUCACGACCCUUUGCUCGCUGGUGUCGAGCAUGGCGGUAAAUUUCACCACCAUCGCAGUGCUCCGGUUGCUCGUCGGAAUGUGCAUCUCCGCCCCAUCUGCUACAAUUUAUGCGUAUCUAGGUGAAUUCACAAAGACUGAGAAACGCACUGUGAUUAUUUCGUUUGCUAGCGUUGCCGUUGGAUUAUCUUACAUAUAUACCGGAACUUUCGGGUGGAUCAUUUUGUCUUUCGAUUGGCGUAUCGACAUUUUCGAUCUAGUCGAGUUUCGUCCAUGGCGUCUGCUUUUCAUUGUCUACUCCCUGCCGGGAGCGAUUGGAGCCGUUUGGUUGAUGUUCUUACCGGAAAGUCCAAAAUUCUACAUUUCCCGCGGACGAGACGACAAAGCGCUAGGUAUUCUUCGGAAAAUCUAUUUGGAUAAUAAUCCCGGAUCGUCGGAGGGUGAUUUUCCAAUAAAGAGAUUCACUCCGGAGAAUAAUGAAACAGUUGAUUCCAUCCAGCAGAAAGGAUUCCUGUCCAUCUUGGGUAGCAUGUGGAAUCAGACCGUGCCUCUGUUCAAACGACCAAAUCUUCUCUAUUUUACGGUUUGCUGUGCACUACAAUUUGGUAUGUUCGUUGUUUCUGCUGGAAUGGGUCUAUGGUAUCCGGAAAUAGUAAAUCGAGUGACGAAAGCAAAUGGAAAUGAUUCUGCGACAAUAUGCGAAGUAUUGCGAGGAGUGGAUAUACCAGAUGAAGACCUACUACUGAACGUUGAGGGCCAGUGUAACGAUCACGUUACUAGUGAUGUAUUCGUUUACGUGAUUGCACUCGGAUCUAUCUACACUUUUCUGUAUCUAGCAAUUUCGGCUAUGCUGCGAAAGAUCAGCCGAGGAUAUAUUCUGUUCAUCAAUCUGAUGAUCUCUGGUGCAUCUGGAAUUCUGCUAGUGUUCAUUAACGAAGCGUACUUUGUUCUAGUACUGUUCUGUUCCUUUAUGGUGUUUGCAGGAAUAUCGAUUUCUAUAGUUAAUGGUGCAGCUGUAUCGUUGUUUCCGACCAAUGUCCGAGCCAUGGCAGUCUGUCUGAGUUUGAUGAUGGGUCGACUAGGUAGUGUAGUGGGGACUAAUUUGAUAGGCUUGAUUAUGGAAGAGAACUGUAAUUUGACGUUUAUUUUAUUCGGUAGUUGUUCUUUGGUAGGUGCCAUGCUGACAGUCAUCCUCCCCAGCCGGUAAAUGACCUCCUCUAAUCCAUAUACUUCUUAUAGCUUUAAGCAAUCGAUUUGAAAAUUUUCUAUG